UUAAUUUUAUUUUUAUAGGUUUGAGCCUGUUGUUAAGCCCCCACGUGACAUUACAAAGAUUAUGAAACGUUUGUUUCAAGGGACUUGGGCAACUUAUGGAGAGUUAAUGAAAAAUGACACGGCUCUUGCGGACUUGUGGUAUAACGAGUUUCAGAGGAUAUAUAAGUGGCUUCCUGAGCAUGAUCAAGACAUAAAGAAGACUUAUCAUCACAAGGCAUCUGAUGGUUACCAAAAUACAAUGUAUCGGGUACGAAGAGGAAUGGACAAAGGCGAAUGGAUCCCUGCUCUAUUGCGUGAAAAAUUGGAACAAAAUUGGGAAGAUAGUAAAUGGAAGGACAAAGCAGCAGUUAAUAAGCAAAAUAGAAGAUCCUCUAAUGGUCCAUUGCACACUUGUGGGUCAAUUCCAACAAUUGAACAUUCUAAAAGAUUAAAAACUGACUCAAACAUGACUCCAAGUUGUUGGGAAGUGUAUCUAAAGACACACAAAAUGAAAGGUGAUCCAUCAAAGUGGGUAUCCUCCAAAUCUCAAAUGGUUGCGGAUGAAUAUGAAAGACGGAUUUUUGAAAGGAACUCACAACAAACAGAGGGGGAUGAUGUGUCUAAUGACCAUCAGUCAGACAACUUCAUUUUCUUGGACGUAGUUGGAGGAGUCGACAAGAAAGGACGUAUUUAUGGUUUGGGGACAGAGGCAGGAAAAUACAAGCCUUCUUCAUCCAGGUCAUCUGAUGGCAUCUCACCAUCUGAAUAUGAGCAUAUGAGGACUGCAAUAUCUAAAAUGUCAGCUGAAAACAUGGAACUCAAGGAAUGGUUGAAGACUAACGAGGAAUUGAUUCGUGCAUCACAGGAGGAGUCACGUUUAGCUCGAGAGCAGGCACAACAGUCACAGGAGGAUUCACGAUUGCUCCGAGAGCAGUUCCAGAAAUUAAUGGAGUCUUUUACACAAGGCCAUUCGCAUCUACCUCCUUAUCAACCUCAUCGUUCGAGUUAGGAUUAACAUCUGUGUCCACCUACUUGAUUAUUUAUCAUAUUAUUUUGAAAAUUUGAUUAUAACUUUUAGUUUAAA